CUGGAUGCGGUAAACUACGGUGACAUAGCCUAAUUCUGUAUCUUCUGCUUCUCCGCCGGGAAAAUGAAGUGUAUGCCCGGUUCGUUUCAGGUGCACGCCGCAUACAACGGGCAUUUUGUCACCUUCCUCUCUAAGACCACAAUCGACUGCCAACCCGAUGCACCCCUUCAGUUCACUUCGGUCCCAGUUUACAGAUACUGACAUGGACUAUGAGAGGCCUAAUGUCGAGACCAUUAAAUGUGUGGUGGUGGGGGACAAUGCUGUGGGCAAAACGCGGCUGAUCUGUGCCCGAGCGUGUAACGCCACUCUUACGCAGUACCAGCUACUCGCCACACAUGUGCCCACCGUCUGGGCCAUUGACCAGUAUAGAGUCUGUCAAGAGGUUCUGGAGCGCUCCAGAGAUGUAGUGGAUGAUGUAAGCGUGUCUCUUCGAUUAUGGGACACUUUCGGAGACCACCACAAAGACCGGCGCUUUGCUUACGGCAGGUCAGAUGUGGUGGUCCUGUGCUUCUCCAUCGCCAACCCCAAUUCUCUCUUUCACGUGAAGACCAUGUGGUACCCAGAGAUCAAGCACUUCUGCCCUCGCGCCCCAGUCAUCCUGGUGGGCUGCCAGUUAGACCUGCGUUACGCUGACCUAGAGGCUGUUAAUAGGGCACGGAGGCCUCUUGCCAGACCCAUCAAAGCAAAUGAGAUUCUUCCUCCUGAGAAGGGUCGCGAGGUGGCCAAAGAACUGGGUGUGCCGUACUUCGAGACCAGCGUUGUGGCUCAGUUUGGGGUGAAGGACGUGUUUGACAAUGCCAUUCGCGCUGCUCUCAUCUCACGGCGCCACCUGCAGUUCUGGAAGUCUCACUUGAGGGACGUCCAACGGCCUCUUUUGCAGGCUCCUUUCCUGCCUCCAAAGCCUCCUCCGCCCGCUAUAGUCAUCCCGCCACCUCCUUCCACCACUGAGGAGCACCCGGCCCGGCUGCUGGAGGAGCCGCUGUGUGCUGAUGUGGUUCUGGUCCUCCAAGAGCACCAGCGAGUCUUUGCUCAUAAAGUCUACCUCGCCACGGCCUCUUCGAAAUUCUACGACCUUUUUCUCCAGGAUGUGAAGGCAGAGGCUGACGGCAAGCAACCUCCCGGUCGGGUGCUCCCUACACGGGCCGCCAGCUUUGACAUGUGUGAGAGCAGCGAUGAAGAAAGCAGGGUCAACCUCAGGGCCUGCAUCAGUGACGGGACCCUGACCGGUGCAGACUCUGAUGGGAUCCUGGAGGGUGGGCGCGGGGGGCGACUUCUGUCGUCUUUGGGUCGGGCUUUCGUCGGCAUCAGGAGAGAAACGGUCCAGGAUCCCGUCACGUUCAUCUCCCGGCCAAUGACGGUGGUGCACAUGGAUCCGUCGGUGUCGCUCGGGCCGUUUCGCGUGGUCAUGCGUUACCUAUACACUGGACAGUUGGACGAGCACGAGAAGGACCUGAUGCACAUCGCCCACAUCGCCGAGCUGCUGGAAGUGUUUGACUUGCGCAUGAUGGUCGCCAACAUCCUCAACGACGAGGCCUUCAUGAACCAGGAGAUCACAAAGGCUUUCCAUGUGCGACGGACCAAUCGGGUGAAGGAAUGCUUGGCUAAAGGAACUUUCUCAGAUGUGGUGUUUAAACUGGAUGAUGGUACCGUUCAGGCCCACAAACCCCUGCUCAUCUCUAGCUGCGAUUGGAUGGCAGCCAUGUUUGGUGGGCCUUUUGUUGAGAGCUGUACUAAAGAGGUGUUGUUCCCAAAUACGACCCGUAGUAGUAUGCAGGCUGUGCUGGAGUAUCUCUACACGGGACGCUUCUGCUCCAGACCUGACCUGGACGCCACGGAGCUCAUUAUCUUAGCCAAUCGCCUCUGCCUGCCUCACCUGGUCGCCCUCACAGAGCUCCAUACUGUGACUGUUCUGAAGGAGUCUGCCGCUAUGGGCACGGACAUUGACGGAGAUGUGCUGGUAUAUCUGGAGAUGGCUCAGUUCCACUGUGCCUACCAGCUCACCGAUUGGUGCCUUCACCACAUCUGCACCAAUUACAACAACGUGUGCCGCAAAUUCCCCAGGGACAUGAGGGCCAAAUCAGCAGAGAACCAAGAAUACUUCGAGAAGCACCGCUGGCCCCCGGUCUGGUACCUGAAGGAGGACGACCACUACCAGAGAGCACGGAGGGAGCGGGAAAAGGAGGACUACCUGUUGCAGAAGCGGCAGAGCAAGCGUAAAUGGGUGCUGUGGAGUCUUCCGCCCUCCCCUUCGAACCCCUCUUCAUCUUCCUCUUCGUCCUCAUCCUCCUCUGCUGUCAUCUGAAGAGACGAGGGGGACAAGUUGAAAUCACAGCUGGUUUCAGAUCAACAUCUCAUCAAACGUGCUUUGAAGUUCUUGGUGCUUGAAGUCCUGUACAGGCAUCAUGUAGGGCAUGGCCGCCAAACAGGUCUAAAUGUGAAAUGUUUACCAAAUGUGACUAUUGUCGUUCUGCUGUUACGUAAAACAGGUAGGCAUCUCAUCUUAAAACAAUGAAGAAACCCUUGGUGUAUUUUAGUGAUCUAGAUUCUAGAUCAGUGGUUCCCAACUUGAUUUUGCUUUACAACUCAGAUUUUACAUUGGAAAACAAAUGGUGACG